AUGAACUAACUAACAACCAUCUAUAUCAGUGUUGCUAUACUAAUAACUAAGGCCAACAAUUUAAUUGAGGUAAGCAUGAUUCGUAGAAAUCAAUAAGAAUAAGGGGACAAUUCAUAGUAAAACAAAUGUUAACCGAAUUAGAUAAAGAUAGAUGAAAUUUGUUAGAAUUGCCAUUUUAGUUGUAGAUAAUGUUUUGGUUUGGGACAGAACAAAUGCACUUCUUGCAAUAGUAUUUCCAAUAGAAUAUUAUGGAAUGAUUAAUGCAUUUGCAGGAGAUAGUACUAUGAAGAUGAACAAUAAUCAGUUUGUUAAGAAUGCCAUAAAUCAUGUUAAAGUUGUUUGGGAUCAACUGGUAAUGACUGUUUAAGUUGCUAUGAUGAUUAUGAAUUACUUAAUGGGAACUGUGUAUGUAAGUUAGGUUACUUUUAUGAUUAUAACAAUAUGGAAUGCAGAUAAUGUCACUUUAGUUGCGAAAUUUGCAAUGACUUUGAAACUGAUAAUUGUUUAAAAUGUCCAUUUGAUUCCUAAAGAUUAUUAAUAGAUAAUAAAUGCUAGUGUCCAGAAGGUUACUAUGAAGUAGAAGGUAAUCCGAUUUGUAAAAAAUGCCAUAUCAAAUGUAAGACUUGUAGUGGAUAUGAGAAUUGCUUAAGUUGUUCAAGUGAAAAGCUACUAGUAAAUAAUGAUUGCGUUUGUUAACCGAAUUUCUUUUUAUAUAAAUCUAAUAUCAUUUACACUUGCAAACCUUGUAGUAAUGAAUGUUUAACUUGUUUUGGAUAAUUAGGUUUUGAAUGUCUAAGUUGUGUUGCUCAAAGCACUUUAUCACCAAAUAACACUUGUUCAUGUAAUUUAGGUUAUUUUUUGAUAAAUGGUCAAUGUUAAAUCUGUAAUUCGAAUUGUCGAACUUGUGCCUAUAGCAGUACUUAUUGUUUGAGUUGUUCAACUAAUUACGUUGUAUAAACUAAUAAUAUUUGCUUUAACAACCAAUGUGGUUGUACUAGUUCUUAUUACAUGGAUUCAAAUGGAAUUUGUUAAUAAUGUGCAUCUUCAUGUUCAACUUGUAACAGUACCUCUUGCACUGAAUGUCCAAAUAAGCUUAAUUUUGGACCAUCUUGUUCCACAACAGCCUCUUUGCCAUAAUAUUGUACAUCUUUUGAUAUCAAUGGAAUUUGUGCCUAAUGUUAAACUAAUUUUACCUAAAAUUCUGAAAAAGUUUGUUAAAUGCAAUCUGCCGUAAUUUGUUCUAUCUGGGAGUUCUUGUCUAAAGUUGUUAAUCGUUUAGAAGUAAUUGUUAAACCUGCGAUAAUUCAGGAUGUACGCUUUGUAAUUCUCAAUAUUAUUUAUCAUCAGGAAAUUGCUACCCCUGUCAUUAAAGUUGUAUGA